CUCCAGUACUGCUUUUGAGACUGGAUACGUAACAUCACCACCACCACCCAACAAUCAGAGACGCUCGUCUCAUUCUCCCCACAAAUUAUCCAACCUCAAUAACACACUAAAUCACAACAUUCCGACAAUUCUGGUAUCGAAAAGUGACAAGGGAAACUUAAUUUAUGACGCACAUGAUUCCUCCUCGUUAUCAUGAUGCGUCUCAUCGCGCUGUGUGGUCGGAUUAUUGCUAUAUCAGAAAGUAAAAGUUGUGCAUAAUAAAAAUUAAGUUAUUACAUUGUUUAAUCGCGAGGAGUGAUCAAGGUUUAGGUUAAUUCCCACCGUGUCGAAGUAAUAAUGCCAUAAUUACCACUAUCUACAUACACACAUUCUUGCUUGCCAUCCUCAUUAGCAAGAGAUCUCAGUUCUGAUACACAUAUUUAAGACGACAAUCAACAUGUGAGUGAGCGUUUGUUCAGUGAGACAAAGUUUCUCUUGGUGUGAUCCCAUCUCGUUAUUAUGAUUUCCUCCUCGUCCUUUUCCGAUGUCUCGUUGGAAAUGAAUCCUCGAGUGGGUGUGGUCGUCUAGAUUGUGGUGAAUGUGCAAAAAAUGUGGAGAACUCGUCCCCGCUUGGUGCAGUCUGCGGUCGGGGUGACGCUGCUGCUGCUGCUGUUUCACGUGGACCAAGGUCACCUCCACCCCCACAACGAGGACAACAACGAGAGCGACAACAACGUUCUGGGGAGAAGGGGGGCAAGUAGUGGUAGUAAUAGCAAUGACAAUGACAAUCAACUCGUUCGACGGGAGCGUGGUCACUCGGCGGAUGCCUCCACGUCUCAACUCGUCACUAAUGUGACCGCCCUGGUGGGGUCGAUCGAUCGGGGGUGUGCCACCUACUGUGGGGAUCAGGUCCAGUACAACGGAAUAUGCGUCUCGAAAGGAUGUGGCGAAUGGAAGGCGGCCCUACGCGAUGGAUGUUUCACUACUUGUACUGGCGUUAUAAACUCGUACCGAGAAAACUACGCCUGUCAACUGGGCUGUUCUCGAGCAGUGGAAGACUACAAUUUGCGCUUAUCCCGCCUGCUGACCCCACUCGUAGAGCCCCCCGCUCUGCUCUCGUCCUCCUUGACGUCCACCUCCCUCCGCCUCCGUUGGGACGGCGCCCCCCUUCUGCCCCUACUUCCCCCCACCACCUACUCGCUCCAACGGCGAGAGAAUGGCGGCCUCUGGGAAACCCUCAACGCCUCCCCCACCAACGCCACCAACUUCUCCGUCAUCAAUCUGAGACCGUACUCGGUCUACCAGUUCCGCGUGGGGUGGAUUUUGGCCUCUGACCACGCCCCGCUCUACUCCCGGGAGAGCAACGCGAUGCAAACGCUGGCGGACGGGUUGCCCUCUGCCCCCGCCGUGACGAGCAUCCAGCCCAUUAGCAACACCAGCGUGGCCAUCACGUGGAGCCCACCCUCCGCCCCAAACGGACAACUGGUCGCUUAUCGUCUCCGACUGCGACCGCAUGGCGGCUUGGCGGUGAUCAAGGAGUUGCCAGCAUCACAGAAACCACGUGGCUACACUUUCUCCGGCCUGCUCCCCACGACCAACUACUCACUCGCUCUCUUUGCGGUCAACUUGGAGGGCGAAGGGGAAGCCAGCCAGGUCACCUUCGUCACGCCACAGUCAGUUGGACCGUUGUCAAAUGAAAUUUCCAAGAGUCCGGAAGCCCGUCUGAUAAUUCAGGGGGCGAAAGACGUCUACAUCCAACCACUCGACUUGCUCAUGGAACCCAGCAGCCCCUUCUUCACGUCCCCACAAAAUGUAACAGGAAUUGAUGUCCAUGUCAAACGAGGCUGGGUUUUUGUGGCCACGUCGGACGGAGAAAUCCGUCGUAUUUCCCUCCACCGGACUGGGAAUGAGAGUGCCGUGACGGUGAUCAUGACGAAGGACCUGCUCGACCUGGCCGUCGCUCACCUUUCCGUUGACUGGCUGCACGACAAGCUCUACAUCGUGGGGAAGAAGAAGCGAGGGAUCAGUUCGGGCUGGGUCAUCAAACGAUGCGACCUGCAGGGGCGGGCCCUCACCACGAUCUACUCAAAGAUGCCCACGAGACCGCUGCACUUUGCGGCCGACCCAUUCACGGGCUACUUGUACUGGGUUUCGCCCGCCUCGCCGCACAGUGCGGGUGGGCUGUACAAGUUGGACCUGAUUUCCGACCGAUUUCCCGGAGUGUACCCAACGCCACCCCUUCAGGCGCAGGCCGUCAUGGAGGAGAGUGAGCUGGGACCCUUCGCCCUCGACGUGGCCAACUACCGCAUCCUCAUCAUCCACAAGGGACGCAACAAAGUCCUCUCCGUCUCACUCGAUGGCGACAUUUCCAACAUUCGUGAGAACACACAAAGUCCGCAGUGGUCCGACGCCGUGUCGCUGUCACUUUACAACGGCGUCUUAUUUUGGACCACGACCACGUCCGUCGUGACGGAGGAGUACAACACCGUUGCAAAUAUUUACUACCAGAACAGCUACGACGUCCCGAAAUCCCUACAACCACUCGGAAGCCUGUUGGUCCUGCACUCCUCCGCCCAGCCGACCCCCAUCCCAAUGGCGGCACCUCAACAACUGCAAGUGUUAUAUGGACAGACACGUGCUCGAAUCACGUGGCGUCCACCGCCACCCAUUUCCGCCCUAGGGGUUGGAGCCUGGGCAGAGUGGGUCUACACUCUCCGACUCUCCGAUAACCGCUCCUUCACCAACAUCACCACCACCGACUUCACCGUCGACACGCUGCGACCCUCCACCUUCUACUCCGUCCAGGUCGCGGCAUACUCUCCCACCGGAAGAGGACCCAUGUCGCAGCCGAAUCGGGGGAAAACCCUGAGUCGUACGGCCUACAAUAUCUCUCUCAUUUGGGGCUCGGGUGAAGGUCUCUACACCACGGACACGCUGGGAGAGGAUGUCACCUUGCUGACCUCAACGGGAGUCACCACGUGGUCACAGCAAGCCACGAAACUUCCCAGGAUCCCGGUCGUCACGUCGAAUACGAUGAGUUCUCUGACCUGGUUCGAGUCCACGGUCUUUUAUGCGCUCAGCAACGGGAGCGUAUUUAUCUACGUUGGACGGGACGAGUCCUCUUCAAAAGUCUCCAUGGUCAAAGAUAUCGAUACUGUUGGGGGAACGAUUGGGGGAACCGGAGUGUCGCUCAUUUCCGGAAUUUCCUUCGCCCAGUCGAUCGCCUUCGACUACAUCGGUCAACGCUUGUACUGGUCGAACCCAAAAGUGCAGACGAUCUACCGCUGUGCUCUGACCACGUUGAUCACGACGAACACGACGUCCUGCCAAACGAGGGAACCCCUCCAAGUGGUCACGAUGGCGAGGGAGAUUGCGGUCGAUUCGUACAAAGGCCUCCUCCUCUGGAGUACUGGUCAUUCGAUCGAAAUGUCCCGAAUGAACGGAUACGCGCACGGGACGCUCGUUCAGAACGGGCUCUUUUCUGGGAAGCAAAUCAUGGGGAUGACGUUGGAUACGGAGCAGUCGAGAAUUUAUUGGAUAACUCGGUCCGCCUCGGGCUCCAGUCUCCAACGGCUGCAGUACAACAUUCGGGGGGCGCAGAUGCCCAUGGUCAUCGCCAACUUUGAGGACACCUCCAUCACAGGACCAAUUCGAUACUUUAAUGACAGGCUCCUAUGGCUCCAGGGAUCGUCGGAAGCCGUAAUAACGGACCUUUACGGCCAAGGUAAAUCCUCCCUCAGACUCGCCACGAUUCCGAACAUUACAAAUGUGCACGUGAAGGAUCAAGGUUCCCUCAAGUACCCCGGCGGCCUCGCAAAGUCCAGAGUGAACGUGAAUCCUGACCCUGUCUCAAAAUGGUCCAUCGACAUUUCCGGCCAAUGGAACAAUUUCACCCUCUCCUGGCUGCCCGUCAACAAUACAAACUAUGGCAAAGUUUUGUAUGAAGUUAUCGUCGAGGGCGUCAUUUCACGAAUAACGGAGCAUCCCAACAUCACGAUUGACAACACGUCUCCCCUCUUCACCCCAUAUUCUGAACUGUCCAUCUCCAUUACGGCGUUGACUUAUUGGUCCUCUGCGAAAGCGACGCUGGCCAAGAAACGCGUCCCACCCGCGAAACCCUCCGCUCCACGACACCCCCGCGUCUACUCGUCCCCGUCCUCACAGUUUCCAUACGUUUCCACGCUCCGGAGCAAUCUCACCCAGUCCGUGGAACUCCGCUGGGACGCACCCACCUCGCCCAACGGCGUCAUCCUCGGCUACAUCGUGUCCUGCGGGAACAAAAAGGGGGUCAAAGGGGUAGCGGACAGCAACUGCAUUUGCGACGUUGAUCUGGAUUCCCUUUCCUGCCGGCUGAGACCGUCGUCCACCCUGCAACUCGACCAGUUCCAGUUCAGCGUGCAGGCCUACAACAGUGCAGGUGCUGGGCCUGGGUCUAAGCAGGUGGGGGCUUCGUCGUCUGGCCACGUGGCUUCCCGUCUCCUUCUCACGUGUCCGGACAAACUGGAACUUUUGGACGUGGACAGAAACGCCAAGGUGGGAAUCAGCCUGGGAUACGUGGCUCCCAUUUCGGCCGGAUUUUUGGGGGUGGACAACGCCAUUUAUUGGUUCAAUGAGGGGCAGGAUCUCAUGGUGGCAAAGAUGGACGGAUCUCCCGGAUACAACAAGUCUCGCCUACUCUCACUUUCCGGGGGCUGGGAAACCUCACACUUGACGAUGGACUGGAUCGGACGGCGUCUUUACUGGGCAGUCGAGUCUGUUAGUAGCGGUUCAGGUGUGGGGAUUAAAGCCUCCCAGCACGAAUUCAAGUACGGGAUCAUGUGCUUCGACCUGGCCGAGAUGGAAGGACAUCGUAGCGGUCACGGGAAUAAGAUGAGCAGACAGCAGCAAAACUACGCGCCAUCGAUUGUGAUCCACUCGAAGACGUCUAUCCGCUCGGUGGCCUUCAACCCGUUCCGCAAUGCGCUGUACUGGACGACUUCAAAACGGUUUGGAGCCACCACGCUGUACACGGCCGAGGGUCGCGACAAUUUUACGGUUCGACCAUUCCUGUCCAGAUCACUUCCAGAGGACUCCACCUCCUCGCUCUGCAACUGCUCACACGUCGUCAUUUCCGGUGACCCCGUGGCAUUCGACCCUUCCAGAUAUUCAGCCUCCAUCCCAAGAGCGGUUCUCUUCUUGGGACAGGACGGCGUUAUUUGGGCAGCCGACGAGACGGGCUGCACGUGUCUCAAGAUCGCCAACACAACCCACGCCUCCCUGAGGUCGUCGACCACUUCUCCCUCGACGGACACCACGAUCGUGGCUUUAGCUGGUGACGCGUCCCACAUUUACUGGUCUGGUGGUCGGGGUUAUGUGACGGCUCUGCAGAAGCAUGGGAAUGAGACAGUGGUGACCACUUUGGUUCAUUCCGGGGUGCGAGAAGUGCGUCCUUUCGGUCCAACGGCGCAACCUUUUCCAGGCCAGGAAUGUCUAAUUCCGAGAAGAAUGGUGCCCGAGGAGCCGUUGCUGUUCAACCACUCCUCCCACUCGCUCCAUCUCGACCUUCCGCUUGGAAUCAGUGUCAACUGCUCAAUGGAGGACCUGUCCCUGCCAACUCCACAGUACGCCGUGUACUACGGAACAGUGGACGAGACUCUCAUUUCCAAAUGCACCCCGACAAGCUCCUCCCACUGUAAAGUGGUCCACACGAGGGAAAAGUCCCUCCACAUCACAGACCUCCAUCCUUACACGACCUACACCGUCUUCGUCACACUGACCAACGCCUACUCUACAAGAGCCGGCCUUCCGCCCCUUCUCUGCACCCCAAUCAUGCUCAGAACUGCUCCUGGAGCUCCGAUGCCACCGGACCUGCCCUCGCUCCAACCUCUCACGCCCACCUCGGUCCGUGUCGAAUGGACAAAACCUCUGAAGCUGAACGGUGAGAAAGUGUGGUACGAAGUUCACUGGGCGACGGGUGAUUCGUCCUCCUCCGCAAAAUGGGCCGAAACCGAGUCUACCCGACUGGCCACGAUGACCACUGACCUCCAUGACCUCGCCCCCUCGACCAACUACACGAUUUGGGUGAGAGCCUUCUCAGAAAAGGGGGACGCCUUCUCCGACUCGCCCAAAAAGAGCGUGGUCACUUUCCCACUUCCAGGAAACGUGAGUCUCAUCAAAGCCACACCACAUGAACUGCAGCUGAGAUGGGUGCCUCCUGGAGAUAACACCAUCAUCAUGCACCAACUCCUUCAUCGCGAGGCUUCCUCCCUCCUCUGGACGGAGACGCGCAUGGAAAACUUCACCAUUCCGGGACGAGCGUACAAUUGGACUUUGAGUCGACUGAAACCCAAAAGUUUGUACAUUGUCCGACUCCGCACGUGGUUUUCAGGGGACCCGUCCUCACCCUUCAUCCACCCCGCAAAAGCUCCCUUCCACUUUGAAACCAAGGCGGAUAAGCCGUCCCCACCACCCGGGGCGCCCAUCGCGAGAGGAAUUGGCAAGGCCUUGUACGAGGUCGAAUGGAAAGCUGCAGAUGAAAACGGAGCCGUAAUUGAAGCUUAUUCCUUGGAAGCUCGCCUCGUGUACAGCCACGCCACGACGGAUCGUGACCAAUCAGCCAAUGUCACGACCACCAUGAGCAUACUUAUAUCCUCAACUCCAUCACCCUCACUGUCUCCAGCCACGAUAAGCACAACCGGGCGAAGGAGAGUGGUCAAGAAGCGGGAUGUGGGUGGUGAUGGUGGCGCAGCGGAGAAGAGGGUCGCGUCAUCCCACCUCUUUGCUGGAGGUUACGACUGGAAUCAAGUCUACUCUGGAAAAGAAACGCGCUGGGUGGUGGAAGGUCUCGACUUGAAAAGCUAUUACAACUUUCGCGUCCGAGCCAAAAACAGUUACGGAUGGGGUUCGUACUCGAAUGAGAGCGAGGUCGUCUCCUUGGCCGAGCUAACUCUCGUCGCGGAACCGCAAGGAGUCGGCGUCAUCAUCGGAAUAAUUUUCUUGUCCUCCUUCAUCCUCGGACUCUUCGCGCUCCUCUUCAUUCUCGUGUACCGUCGCCGCCUGUCUGAAAAGCCCUCGCUCCACGGAAGUCAUCACGCUUCGGAGCGACGUGAAGUUGAGCUGGCCACGCUGCGAGAACUUCCCGGAGGUUCGUCCUUCAUCCACCAGAACAAUCUCCUCUACUCGACGGGACAUCACCACCAGACUGCAGCGGCCGACUUGCUCCUUGACCUCGACCUCGCCGGCAUCCCCAAAGUCAAUUGGCAUCAAAUCAUUGUCACCAAAUUUCUUGGGAGCGGAGCUUUCGGCGAGGUUUACGAAGGCAUCGCUGCAAAUUUGGGGGGACAUGGAGAUCCAGAAAUACGUGUGGCCAUCAAGACCCUCCGCAAAGGCGCAAAUUCCCUGGAAAAACAAGAAUUUAUCCAGGAAGCCAAACUGAUGGCGCAGUUUCGCCACCCGCACAUCAUUCAAUUGAUGGGCCUCUGCAUAGACACGGACCCGUGCUACCUCCUCCUUGAACUGAUGGGUGAGGGUGACCUGCUCUCCUACCUCCGGUCAAAUCGACCCUCUCACGGAGGUCAGCAAACCACCACGCCCAUCACGCACGACGACCUCACGACGACGACGAGUGUCCCCCCUCCACUCAAUUUGGCCGACCUUUUGAGAAUGUGCGUGGACGUGGCGAAGGGCUGCGUCUAUCUCGAAGACUUGCAUUUUGUCCACAGAGACAUCGCAGCGAGGAAUUGUUUAGUCAGUUUUGUGUCGGAAGGGAGUAGCGCUGGGGGCGACGAGAGAAGGCUCAGGGUCGUCAAAAUCGGAGACUUCGGUCUGGCCAGAGAUAUUUAUAGGAACGACUACUACAGGAAGGAUGGGGAGGGGUUGUUACCAGUGCGUUGGAUGGCUCCUGAAUCUCUCGUGGACGGAAUUUUCACCACGCAGACGGACGUCUGGGCGUUUGGUGUCCUCCUCUGGGAAAUAAUGACGCUUGGUCAGCAACCAUACCCCGCACGGUCAAAUGUCGACGUGCUCAACUAUGUCCGAGGUGGCGGAAGGCUUCAACGGCCACCACAUUGUCCGCACAUCCUUGGAAACCUAAUGCUCCAAUGUUGGGAAUAUGCUCCGGAAAAUCGUCCCUCUUUCAAGGACUGUCUCUCCCAACUGGAACUGAUUCUGGGCGACUUCCACCUGGAAUCUGGUCGCGUCUCGUUCCCACCUUUGCACGACAUCCACUUUGAUCCCUACUCGUAUUCUGAGGGUGGAGCUGGUGGUGGUGGUACACACUACGCGUCCCCACAACAUCACCUCCGUUCUGAGGACAACGGUCCAGAUUCUGUCUUCCCAGACGACGAAGGUGACGAUCUUCAUCGCCAUCAUCAUCAUAAUUGUCAUCAUCAUCGGAGGAUCCCCAAUUAUUUGGAAGUCUUGAGUGAAGAAGAGUUAUCCUCGCAACGGGGCUCAAUUUCACUAACUGAUCAAGGGUACGAAAUCCCUCUACCGAAACGUCCCCCACGCUCCUCCUCAUCUCACCCAUCCACCGCCUCCUUCGGCCUCCCUUCACCUCCCCCAUCCUACUGGAACGCUGAAACAUUACCCCUCCGACAGCAGCAGCUUCCACGCCCCCAAUAUCGCAACCUCCUCGCCUCCUCCACCUCAGAAGACGCGGACGUCGAGGAGGACGAAGAUCGUCACGAGGACCACCAGCAGCCCACCUGCUCCAUCCCGCACCACUACUUUUCCAACAAUAUGAUGGGACGCCCCACCCACUUGAGGGGACUUCCCUGCCAAUACGUCGACCCAUCCCCUGGGGAACGCCGUUCAACCGACAAUCCGACUCCCGCAAUGACCACGCUAUUUAACAAUCACACCUACGCCGCCCAACAUCUCAACGGAGGGAUGAUGAAUGGUGGGGGCAGCUCUUCCACGAGGUCCGGAAGUGGUGGGAGUGACGGAACUCUGCUCCACUAUUCCCACACCAACAACAACAAUCAUCACAACCAACCCCCCAAAAAAACCAAGGCACAUUCCGCCGCUUGACGUAACGACGCCACGAAUCUCACGCCAAUAAAAAACUAUUAAGAAUCAACCAAUACCAAUCACAGUCAGUAAUCAUCAUCACAAGUAGAAUUUAGUUUAGUAGCGUAGUUAGUUCCAUAUUUAUUAUUGCUAGUAAGUAACGUACAUAUAUUUGUACACGUAUAAAACAGUACCGCAUCGUUGUGUUCAUGAUUGUUCCUUUUACAUAGUUUCAUAUAUUUGACCCAUAAUGUGGUUGAUUUUACUAAAUGUUAUACUCAUUCCGCAGGCAGCUAUUUCUGAAUGUAUUGCGAUUUUAAAGAACUGGACAGGGAGAAGAAGAUGUAACCUAAUGUAUAAACUGUUAAAUAUUAUUAAUCUUUAUAAAUUCGAAGAUUAAGUUGUAGUGGAAAGUGAUGAUCAACAUUUAAUUUCUGAAUUCCGUUACGACCUAUUUCCUCCGUGGUUUGAUCCUUGUUCCCAACAUUAAAAUAGUUACAUAUAAAAAUACUUGGAGAGUCAAGUGCACAACCACUACUGGUAAAUUUCUAUAUGUGAGUAAUAAAAUAAUGGAUAAGCGCAACCAAGCUUGGCCACACCAUAAAAUUCAAUGCAAUUACUAUAACGCGUUCGUUCUCCCCUGAUUACUCAAUUUCCAUUUAAUGGCUACGAUUAUGCCCAAUUUUGUAUUGUCAAUAUAAUUAAGGUAAUUUAUAAUUAGUCACUCAGGGCUAUUAUUAUAUACUAAAUGAUUAAUUACUGUGUAGUAUCAAAUGAUAAAGUUAUGUAGAGCGCGUAAAUGCAAUUAUCAAUGCAAUUUUUGACUGAUUAAAUUAUUAGAAAAGGUAAAUAAAUAAGUCACAUUUUGACCAAAAAUUA